AUGCACAGGUAUAAGGCGAAAUCGUCGCAACUGCAGUCACCGGUGUCGUCGAAGCGCUCAAUGGCUAACGAUGUCCACUGUGCACAGCCUGGAACGAGUAAGGACAGCAGUUCGGGGGAGAACGGAGAGCCGUCAACGCCAAAAUCAGGCCGUAAAUGGAAGAAGACGAAGGCCAUCAAGCAGGGCAGUGGGGGCACUGCAGGAAGUACAAGUAGUGGUGUAGGAGGUCCGCCAAGUGGCGUCAGUGUCAGCAGUGUCUCCGGGACCACGUCGGUUUCGCCGACACAAAAUGUGCUCGGUGUCCGUCUGGCCGACUGUCCAACAACGGGUCCUGAUGAUCUCGUGCCUCUGUGUGUGCAAAUUUGCGUAAGUGUCGUCGAGGCGCACGGUUUGGAUACGGUAGGCAUCUACCGUAUACCUGGCAACACAGCAGCAGUAAAUGCACUAAAGGAAAUGUUUAGUCAUGGUCUAGAUACGAUGACGUUAGAAAACUUGGACCUAAGCGAUCCGCGAUGGCGUGACGUGAAUGUGGUGUCGAGUUUCUUGAAGAUGUUUCUACGAAAGUUACCAGAGCCCCUUCUUACCGAUAAACUCUACCCGUUUUUUAUUGACGCAAAUCGGAUAGCGAAUCAUCAUAAUCGGCUGCAUAAACUGAGAAAUUUAUUGCGAAAGCUACCACGACAUCAUUAUGCCACAUUACGAUAUCUGAUCUUUCACUUAGCCGAAAUUACCAAAAAUAGUGAAGUGAAUAAGAUGGAAACUCGAAAUUUGGCGCUCAUGUUUGGUCCGUCGAUAGUUCGACCAUCGGACGACAACAUGGCGACAAUGGUAACGCACAUGAGUGAUCAGUGCAAGAUUAUCGAAACGUUAAUUCACUAUCAUGAAUGGAUGUUCGAUGACAACUCGACAGCGGACGAUAGUGUUCCGGAACAACAUCCAUCAGAAACUGGAACAUCAGCGGUUGAGGCGCCCCAAUACGGUGUCGGAGUGCCUUCUGGCGUUUCGGCAGCUUCCUUCAAUGAUAUGCAUAACCUGAUUCGAAAAGCAAACGAGGAACAAGCUGCGGCGAUGAUGAAUGAGGGGAAGGCAGGCAAGAUCAAAAACAUUCUACGGCGUAACUCCCGGCGAGAUAAGUCGAAAUCGAAGUUGAAAAUCGAAUCGACCGCGCCGGCUGCCAUGAAUCCGCGACCCGGUGGCGCUUCAACUACCAAUGCUGUCCACUAUUCAUCACCUUCGUUACCACCAGCAUCCCACUCUCCUUCUCAACACACGGGCGUCGAGAGUGCGUUUUGUGGAAAUUAUCAGGAGCGAGAUAUCGAUGCGGAAAUAAUGUCUCGCCAGUUGGUGUCACCUCUGGCGACAGCACCGCCCAGCGCGCUCGAACAGAGCCCAUCAGUGGAAUCGAGCCUUGGAAGCAUUCCGGACACGAGUAGAACGGACCCCGGCGCUAGCACUUCGUCCGAUGCAGGAGAGGCUCAGGCACGACGUAAACGGCAGCAGGACAUCUACUCUGCUCGGCGGAUCUUCAUAGCCGGCUCGGCAGCUGCUGCAGAUGAUGCAAGUGGAAUGGAUGCAUUAGCGAAUCAUACCCAUCAUUUGAAUAUAGCCAAUAGUCCAGCUUUAGAGGUACUCAGCGAAGAGACUCGGGAAAAAAUUCGGAAGAUGCAGCGGCGUCAGAACUGGAUGGAUCCGUUGUCGUUGACAUUCCCAACGUCACAUAUAACCAAUACUACUCACAUAUCUGCACCAGACACAUCGGCAGUGGUCUCCGAGCCACCAUCGAGCACUCAGUCGGAACCAGCGCCAAAGACGUGUUCCCCAACCAAGGACAUGACCGACGCGCUGUCGUGCACUUCUGACUACUCGACGACAAGCUCUGCUCCGCUAACGGCUCCCCUUGCGGUUGCAUGCGCUGCCUCGUCGUCGGACUACGCCUCAAGCGAUCCGAGUCCAUGUGCACGAAACGCAUCGGCGUCACCACGUCAACGUCCUCAAGUUCUGGGGGUGCUUCCGGAAGCGCGUUGUCAACAGAAAAUUCGGCUGCGAAAUCGACCCACACCUCGAGAUCCUACACGGCGGCAUACACUGUCUGAUAUGGAUGUAUUGAAGGAAGGUCGUCUGGAGAAGUUUGCCCGGUGGUUCGGCAUUCGAAAGUCAAGCCCGGACGUCAGCUCGCAGAAUACGCUAGAAGAAGAAACAGUAAUGCCAAAGAACCCGCCGCCAGUGAUCGUGCGAACAUCGCCAAACGAGCUGACGCCUGCCAGCGGCGAUGAGCAGCUGUGA